UCUUUCUCACACACACUCUCUAUAUAUAUUAUAAAGAGAGAAUGAGAGAAAGAUUGCUCAAUCAAUGGCUUCUCUUUUUGUGUUAAGGAAGAACUUUCUCCAAAGCCACAACCUUCAUAGGUAUAGCGUUCACUCAGGAGAGCGCGAGCAGCUCAAAGCACUCCGAAACGUUACCUUGAAACACCCACGAUGGAUUCCAAUGUCACAAACAUAUGCAAGCUAUAUAUGCGCAAAGAGAAUGGGAGAGAGAGAGAGUGCUGCAUCAAUGGCUAUGGUAAAGAAGAACCAUCUCCAAAGCGAUGCCCUUCAUCAGUAUAUCUUGGAAACAAGCGUUUACCCAAGAGAAGACGAGCAGCUCAAGGCACUGCGAGAGGUUACCUUGAAACAUACACGGGGAUCAAUGAGCAUCCCUCCUGAAGAGGGCCAGUUCCUUCGUCUAUUGCUAAAGCUCAUGAAUGCGAAGAGGACGAUAGAGAUCGGCGUGUUUACGGGCUAUUCGCUCCUUUGUACUGCACUCGCAUUGCCGGAAGAUGGAAAGAUCACUGCCAUUGAUGUUGAUAGAAAAAGCUUUGACAUAGGAUUGCCAUUCAUUCAGAAGGCUGGUGUCGAGAAGAAGAUCGAUUUUAUUGAAUCAGAAGCUCUUCCCGUUCUUGAUAAAAUGUUACAAGAAGGAAAGGACCAAGGAUCAUUUGACUUCGCAUUCAUUGAUGGUGAUAAGGUCAACAACAUCAACUACCAUGAACGGAUGAUGAAGCUUGUUAAGGUUGGUGGGCUCAUCGGCUACGAUAAUACACUUUGGUUCGGGACCGUAGCGGAUUCCGAUCGUUUUGGCAUGCCUGAGUAUGACAGGAUGAUGAGGGACUGCUUCGUGAAUUUCAACAAGUUCUUAGCUUCCGAUCCUAGAGUUGAGAUUUCACAAAUCUGCAUUGGUGAUGGUGUCACCCUGUGUAGGCGUCUUUAUUAACCGUUUAUCAUGUUUUUAUCUAUUGAGGACCAUUUAAAUAUUUGAAGGUGUAGAACACUUAUUGUAAUAAGUCUGAUCUCCACUUUAAAUAAUGGUUAUUUUGUUAGUGUGUGUUGAUUGGAAUUUGGAUCAAAUAAUAAUAUUGAAUAAAUAUUACAUUUUGUUGUAA